AUGUCGGAUACGCAACCUGUCACCCUCCACGGCCGGACCUAUCAACUGCCGAAAAAGCCCACCGUCAUCAUCUGCGUCGACGGCUUUGACCCCGAGUAUCUGGCCGACGGCCUCGCCGCGGGCAUCCUGCCCAACAUGGCCUCCCUCAUGCGCACCGGCUUCCACGCGACCGCCCAGUGCUCCAUGCCCUCCGUGACCAACGCCAACAACGUCUCCAUCAUCACCGGCGCGCCCACCUCCGUCCACGGCAUCGCCACCAACUACUUCCUCGACCGCGCCACCGGCGCCGAGUCCAUGAUCCUCGACGACUCGCUGAUGCGCGGCUCCACCAUCCUCGCCGAGAUGGCCGCCCGCGGCGUCCGCGUCACCGCCGUCACCGCCAAGGACAAGCUCCGCCGCAUCCUCCAGCGCGGCCUCCCCCCGGGGUCCUGCCUAUCCACGCAGCUCGCAUCCGAGGAGGUGCUCGCGUGGCUCGGCAGGGCGGCGCGCCCGGAGCAGUACUCGGCGGACCUCUCGCUGUGCGUGCUCGACGCCGGCACGCGGAUGCUGCGCGAGCGCCGCGUGGACCUGCUCUACCUGACCCUGUCCGACUACGUGCAGCACAACCACGCACCCGACGCCCCCGAGGCGCGCGCGUUCAUGGCGGCGGUGGACGACGCGGUCGGCGCGUGUCUCGCGCUCGGCGCGGUGGUCGGCGUCACCGGCGACCACGGGAUGAGCGACAAGGGCGGCGCGCCGCCGCUGUACGUGCAGGACGUGCUGGAGCGGGCGUUUGGCGGGCCCGGCUGCGCGCGCGUCGUGUGCCCGAUCGCGGACCCGUUCGUCGCGCACCACGGCGCGCUCGGCGGGUUCGUGCGGGUGUACGUGCCGGCAUCGCACGCGGCGCAGGUCCCGGCGAUGGUGGCGCACAUGCGCGGGUUCGCGGAGGUGGAGACGGCGCUGGAAGGCGCCGAGGCGGCGGCAAGGUGGGAGAUGCCGGCGGAUAGGGAGGGCGACUUCGUGGUGGUGGCGACGGAGGGGGCGGUGCUGGGCGCGAGGGAGGCGGAGCACGACUUGUCGGGGCUGGAGGGCCGGCGGCUGCGGUCGCACGGAGGGUUGUCGGAGCAGGAUGUGCCGGUGCUGCUUUCGAUACCGGUCAAGGAUGGGAAGAAGACUCGGGAGUGGAAGAAUUACGACAUUUUUGACAUUGCUUUAAACAGCCAGUAA